AUGCCUGAAAAAGUCUACGUUACGUAUAACCAGCCAAAUCUCAUGAUUGCUAUCGGAGGAGGAGGAUAUGUACCAGCGAGAAUGCUGAGAUCCUUCCUUAAGCGGCCCGGCGCACCAAAUAUUCCAAUCCAAGCCAUUGGGCUUUCCCUCUACGAAGAUUUGGGCAAAGGCGAUAUCGAAGCGCCAGGAACCAAGGUCACAAGGACUCAGUGGCUGGACAUGAGCUCGCUUGAAAUGGCGAAUUUGAUUGGCAAAAAUGUCUUAAUCGUUGACGAAGUGGAUGAUACGCGCACAACCUUGGAGUAUGCUGUCAGGGAACUCGAGAAAGAUGUGGAACUUGCUCAACAACAGCUCGGUCGCCAAGCAGAGAAAACCACAUUUUCGAUAUUUGUGCUUCAUAACAAAAACAAGGAGAAAAAGGGAAAACUGCCUUCAGAAAUGCUGGAAGACGACCGAUAUCUUGCCGCUGUUACCACCGAAGACGUUUGGAUCUGUUAUCCAUGGGAAGCCAAGGACAUCGACGAGCACGACAGACUUGCUGCAGAAAAUCCAUUGGUGUCAUGA